GUUUUAGAGAGAGAGAGAUGAAUGGGUGAAUGUUUUAUUUGCAUCGGAUCCUUCGCCGAAGUGGGCAUGAAGAGUGAAGAUCUCUCCUUCUCACUCCCAUCCAAAACAUGGGAAAGCUAAAUCCAAAGGAAGUCACUAAAAAAACAACAAAGAUGGAUCUAAACUCCAUGGAAUGCAACUUCUUGUCAACACCCAUUUCGGAAUAUCAACCUUUUGUAGAGAGUGAGCUUCAUCAAGAACAAGAAGAAGCAGUAGAAGCACGAGAACAGGAAGAAAAACAGGAAAAAUGUGAAAAUUUUCUAUCUGCUUUGAAGAUCAAAUUGCCAUCUGUAGGAGAAUUCAAGGUUGACAAUGACUACGAUGACGACAGCGACGGGCUUAGAACUCCUACAUCGCCGGAGCAUAAAAUUCCAUUGAUCUGCCCGCCAGCUCCGAGAAAGCCCAAGUCAAUUCCAACGACAAAGCGAAAAGCUUCUAGUGGAAGAGUUCUUCUUGAUCUCUCAAGCGAGAUUGAAUCAUUUUUUACUCCGGCUCUUCUGGCAGAUCUUGGCAGAAAGAUCAAGAAAGUUAGGAAAGGGAAAGGAAAAGGGACUGUAACCUUAUUGUUCACUUAGUUGUUGAAUUAUGUGAUUUGAGCAGAAAAAAUUGCACUGAAAAUGUCAUUCCAUCAAUGACAAUGGUGUUGUCAUAUUGAUUAAGGCCAUUUCUUCUUCAUUAUGUUCUGACCUUGUCUUUCCUCUCAGUUAUUCCUUGUAUUUUGACUCUAGCUAGCUGGGAAUUGUUUUCAAUGGUGCGUUGGCUUAGGACAGAUCUCAUUCAAGGUGAUGGAGUAAAAGGCAAGAACCAAAGUCAAGUGUAUGUUGGUGCACCAAAGAAUGUUGGCUUAGCAAUUUAGCAUUCCUACUUUGAUGCACCAUUCAUUGUUAUGUAAUGCAGGUUGUGUGGUUGUUAAU